AUGUCUAUUGCCAGUGUAGCUCUUAGUCCUGUGUAUGAAGAAUCUUUGAACUUUCCCUGUAAUUUCACCGGCCAAUAUGGUCCAUUCUCCGGUGACUCGAUUUUGAUAUACCUCAGUGUUGGUGGGUCUGUAGUUCCGAUGUGUGUAACAGAGUCGGAUUCCAUCGCUUCAGUGAAACUGAGAAUCCAGGCCUCUAAAGGUUUCUUUGUGAAGAAACAGAAGCUAGUUUUUGAAGGAAGAGAAUUGGCUAGGAACAAUUCAUGUGUCCGGGACUAUGGGGUAACAGAUGGGAACCUAUUGCAUUUGGUACUGAGGCUUUCAGAUCUCCAAGCUAUUACUGUUAAGACUGUAUGUGGCAAGGAGUUUGAAUUCCAUGUUGAGAGGAGUAGAAAUGUGGGUUAUGUGAAGCAGCAGAUUGCUAAGAAGGGGAAAGGUUUUGUUGACCCCAAGGAUCAAGAACUGACAUGUGAUGGUGAGGAGCUCGAAGAUAAGAGACUCAUUAAUGACAUCUGCAAAAGUAAUGAUGCUAUGAUUCACUUGCUGGUUAGGAAAUCUGCUAAAGUUAGGGCUAAACCAAUAGAGAAGGAUUUUGUAGUAUCUAUUGAGGCAUUAAAUUUGAAUGGGGAGAAGACUGCUUUAGUAAGGGAUAUUGUGGAAUGUCAGGUUGUAGAGAGAAGUCCAUUGCAAAGAGAAUUCCUUCUGGAACCUCUAAUUGUAAAUUCUAAGAUUGAAUUGUCAUUGGGGAUUAAAAGGCUAAUUUACUCUACUUCUGAUGGGUUAGAGAGAGGCAAUGAGCCAGUUCAGUCUUCAGAGGGAUCCGGAGGAGCUUAUUUCAUGCAAGAUUCAUCUGGUCUGAAGUAUGUUUCUGUCUUUAAGCCAAUUGAUGAGGAGCCGAUGGCAGCAAACAACCCUCGGGGGUUGCCCUUGUCACUUGAUGGUGAAGGUUUGAAGAAGGGUACACGGGUGGGAGAAGGGGCACUGAGGGAAGUUGCUGCUUAUAUUUUGGAUCAUCCAAGAAGUGGGCCUCGUACAUUUUACCACGAGGAGAAGGGCUUUGCUGGAGUUCCCCCCACAGUUAUGGUCAAGUGUUUGCACAGAGGAUUUAAUCAUCCAGAAGGUUAUGAGUAUGCUUCCAAGAAUGUGAAGAUUGGGUCGCUGCAGAUGUUCAUGAAGAAUAACGGAAGUUGUGAGGAUAUGGGUCCUCGUGCUUUCCCAGUGCAUGAGGUACACAAAAUUUCUGUUUUGGACAUAAGGUUGGCAAACGCAGAUAGGCAUGCUGGAAACAUAUUGGUCAGCAGAGAGGGUGAAGAAGGGCAAAUUGUGCUUAUUCCAAUUGAUCAUGGCUACUGCUUGCCUGAAAACUAUGAAGAUUGCACAUUUGACUGGCUUUACUGGCCUCAAGCUCACCAACCUUAUUCGUCUGAUACCCUUGAGUACAUCAAAUCACUAGAUGCUGAACAAGAUAUCGAACUAUUGAAGUUUCAUGGAUGGGACUUACCACCUGAGAGUGCCCGCACCCUCCGCAUUUCCACCAUGCUUCUGAAGAAAGGUGCAGAGAGAGGACUGACUCCCUUUGCUAUUGGAAGCAUCAUGUGCAGGGAGACCUUGAAGAAGGAAUCUGUCAUCGAACAGAUCAUUCAAGAAGCACAAGAAGCUGAGCUCCCAGGAACAAGUGAAGGUGCAUUUCUCGAAUCUGUGUCAUCAAUCAUGGAUCGACGCCUUGAUGAGCUUAUAUACUGA